UGGUUUCGGGUACACACAGGCGUGGCUCCUUUCAUACACACGGUACUGAUAAUUCGCAAGUCCUUGCAGCCAUGAUGCAAGGCUUAUUGCAAUGACUCGUACCCGUCGUCCUACAUAUAAAAGGCCGCAUCUGCCGUCUAAGACGUCUCCUUUGCAUUAUCUCUCGUCUUCAAGGGACCCUACGUAUAUCUGAUUAGGAUCUAUUUACAACACAGCAGCGAUCAGCAAGACACCAAAGGAAUGGAGAUGUGGAUGGCGGUAUGCGCCAUCGUGUGCCUGGCAGGUCACGCUCACGCCGGGGCACUCACGGGGAACUAUGGUCAAGACGCCAAACUACUUAGGGGAUGGGUGGACUCACUUGCUGGUCAACAAAUGAGGCCAAAAUCUAAACCUACGGCCAGGAGUUGGGGUUUCGAGUUUUACAACUGGGGAUCAACUAAAGUCAAGAGAUGCCCCGUGAACGUUGUCUUCGUCGUCGAUGGUUCCGACAGCGUCUCUUUGAAUGGCUUCCAGAAGGCCAAGGAUUACUUGAAGCGUGAAAUCAGAUCCGUGACAUCUUCUUUCGCUGGCACCGACGUUGGUGUCCUCUUCUUCAGCGACGGCAUCUACCGUGAGAUGCCUCUCCAAACUCGCAACAACGCUCAGCUCCAACAGUUGUACAACGACAUCGACAACCUACAGCAACCAAGGGACAAGACAGAACUAACAACGGCCCUAAGACGCUCACGGCAGCUUCUAGAACAGUACAAGAAGGAAGGUAACGUCAUCGUUGUCAUCUCCGACGGCUGUCCCUACAACCUCCACGCAACCGUCAACGAGGCUCUUCUGUCUUGGUUGGAGGGCAUCUUCAUCAUCAGCCUUGGAAUUGAGGAACCCCAAAUCAGCCUACAGAAGAAGAUUUCAAGUCGGAUCCAGGACGGUAACACUUCCAUCGACUGGAGCGACAUCCUCAUGUGCCCAGGUGUCAUUCUCCCCGGGAUCGGAGCCACGUCCAAUUGUCGUGAUUUUAUGUUCGUGGUUGAUGGUUCCGACAGUCUCUGCCACCACCAGGACAUCGUCAAGGCCUAUCUGAAGAGCGCCAUCCAUCGUUAUGAGAACGUUUCCAACGCCAUUGGCGUGACUAUCUUUGGUACCGAGAUCGGCAGUCAGGCUGCCCCGAACACCAACAAGAUGGUAGUAAAAGCCGAGAUAAAUGGUUUGGACUUUCCUCUAAGCGGGACCAGGACAACAAGCGGCGUUGUCGAGGCCCAGAGACUCCUGGACCAGGCCGGGAGAAGCAACUCGAAGGCACUAAUUCUCGUCACCGAUGGUCCUCCACUCAGUUUGAACAACGCCAUCAACGCUGUCAGCUCCGCCCGUAGUGCAGGAUAUGAGAUUGUCGUUAUCGGCGUCGGUGACGAUAUCAGCAGCUCGGAUCUUGUCAGCCUUGCUGGCAACAACCAAGACAACGUGUUCCAGAUUGACACCUACCUUGACCUGUAUUCUGUUGACUUCAGCUUAUUGCUCUGUGGAGGUAGGAUAUUGUGCGACAACACCAUCGCUAAUUGCGUGAACGGCAACGCUGGGUUCGACUCAAACGGUGUUUGCAGAUGCUUAUGCAACCCAGGCUACACCGGACCUACCUGCGGUGUCCCCAACCCCCCGUCUUGUACAAAUGCUGAUAUUGGAUGCAUCAACGGUAAUGCUAACCUCGACAGCUCCAAUGUAUGUCGCUGUUUCUGCAACGCUGGAUACUCUGGUGCCAGGUGUGAGAACCGUGUAUGUACGAACGCUCUGAUUGGCUGCAUCAGUGGUGUCGCUCAAGCUGACUCCUUGGGCAACUGUCGCUGUACAUGCAGCGCCGACUGGACCGGAACACGCUGUGACACCCGGGUGCUCGUCUGUACAAAUGCCCUGAUCGGAUGCCUCAACGGUAACGCCCAGGAUGACGGCCUCGGAUGUCGAUGUGUAUGUAACCCAGGAUAUUCUGGUUCCAUGUGCGAGACAAGAGUUUGCACAAGCGCUGACAUUAACUGUCAAAACGGCGCUGUGUCUAACUCCUUUCGGCAAUGCGUGUGUAACUGCAGAACUGGCUACACCGGCACCAACUGCCAGACCAGAGUGUGCACAAGCGCUGACAUUAACUGUCAAAAUGGCGGAACAGCUGUUUCUGGCUCCUUUGGGCGUUGCGCGUGCAGCUGCAGAACUGGCUAUACAGGCACCAACUGUCAGACUAGGGCUCUUUCAGGCUCCUUUGGACGAUGCAGAAUUGGCUAUACCGGCAUCAACUGUCAGACUAGGGUGUGCACAAGCGCUGACAUUAACUGUCAAAAUGGCGGAACAGCUGUGUCUAACUCCUUUGGGCGUUGCGCGUGCAGCUGCAGAACUGGCUAUACAGGCACCAACUGUCAGACUAGGGUGUGCACAAGCGCUGACAUUAACUGUCAAAAUGGCGGAACAGCUGUUUCUGGCUCCUUUGGACGAUGCGUGUGCAGCUGCAGAACUGGCUAUACCGGCACCAACUGUCAGACUAGGGUGUGCACAAGCGCUGACAUUAACUGUCAAAAUGGCGGAACAGCUGUUUCUAACUCCUUUGGGCGAUGCGCGUGCAGCUGCAGAACUGGCUAUACAGGCACCAACUGUCAGACUAGGGCUCUUUCAGGCUCCUUUGGACGAUGCAGAAUUGGCUAUACCGGCACCAACUGUCAGACUAGGGUGUGCACAAGCGCUGACAUUAACUGUCAAAAUGGCGGAACAGCUGUGUCUAACUCCUUUGGGCGUUGCGCGUGCAGCUGCAGAACUGGCUAUACAGGCACCAACUGUCAGACUAGGGUGUGCACAAGCGUUGAUAUUAACUGUCAAAAUGGCGGAACAGCUGUUUCUGGCUCCUUUGGACGAUGCGUGUGCAGCUGCAGAACUGGCUAUACCGGCACCAACUGUCAGACUAGGGUGUGCACAAGCGCUGACAUUAACUGUCAAAAUGGCGGAACAGCUGUUUCUAACUCCUUUGGGCGAUGCGCGUGCAGCUGCAGAACUGGCUAUACAGGCACCAACUGUCAGACCAGGGCUCUUUCAGGCUCCUUUGGACGAUGCAGAAUUGGCUAUACCGGCACCAACUGUCAGACUAGGGUGUGCACAAGCGUUGAUAUUAACUGUCAAAAUGGCGGAACAGCUGUUUCUGGCUCCUUUGGACGAUGCGUGUGCAGCUGCAGAACUGGCUAUACCGGCACCAACUGUCAGACUAGGGUGUGCACAAGCGCUGACAUUAACUGUCAAAAUGGCGGAACAGCUGUGUCUAACUCCUUUGGGCGAUGCGCGUGCAGCUGCAGAACUGGCUACACCGGCACCAACUGCCAGACCAGAGUGUGCACAAGUGCUGACAUUAACUGUCAAAAUGGCGGAACAGCUGUGUCUAACUCCUUUGGGCGAUGCGCGUGCAGCUGCAGAACUGGCUACACCGGCACCAACUGCCAGACCAGAGUGUGCACAAGCGCUGACAUUAACUGUCAAAAUGGCGGAACAGCUGUGUCUAACUCCUUUGGGCGAUGCGCGUGCAGCUGCAGAACUGGCUACACCGGCACCAACUGCCAGACCAGAGUGUGCACAAGCGCUGACAUUAACUGUCAAAAUGGCGGAACAGCUGUUUCUGGCUCCUUUGGGCGAUGCGCGUGCAGCUGCAGAACUGGCUAUACCGGCACCAACUGUCAGACUAGGGUGUGCACAAGCGCUGAUAUUAACUGUCAAAAUGGCGGAACAGCUGUUUCUAACUCCUUUGGGCGAUGCGUGUGCAGCUGCAGAACUGGCUAUACCGGUACCAACUGUCAGACUAGGGUGUGCACAAGCGCUGAUAUUAACUGUCAAAAUGGCGGAACAGCUGUUUCUGGCUCCUUUGGACGAUGCGCGUGCAGCUGCAGAACUGGCUACACCGGUACCAACUGUCAGACCAGAGUGUGCGCAAGCGCUGACAUUAACUGUCAAAAUGGCGGAACAGCUGUUUCUGGCUCCUUUGGGCGAUGCGCGUGCAGCUGCAGAACUGGCUAUACAGGCACCAACUGUCAGACUAGGGUGUGCACAAGCGCUGACAUUAACUGUCAAAAUGGCGGAACAGCUGUGUCUAACUCCUUUGGGCGAUGCGCGUGCAGCUGCAGAACUGGCUACACCGGCACCAACUGCCAGACCAGAGACUGUUCAACACAACUCCUAUGCGAGAACUCGGGAACAGCGAUUGAACAGUUUGGAAGUUGCACAUGUCGCUGUCCGGCUGGCUACUCAGGACCAACUUGUGCGAACGUUGACUGCACGAGACAGAUUUCCUGUCGCAAUGGCGGUGUAGCGGUUAACCAGUUCGGUACAUGCAGAUGCCAAUGUGCUUCUGGUUUCACGGGGAGCAACUGUGAGAACCAAGAUUGUUCCUCACUUAUCUGCCAGAACGGCGGCACAGCUGUCAGUCAGUCCGGUUCGUGUCGAUGCCAGUGCCCCUUCGGUUACUCGGGAACCAACUGUCAAAUUAGAGACUGUUCAAGCGUUAUCACCUGUGCAAACCGCGGCAGCGCAGUCCAGAACGCCUUCAGUGGUAACUGCGAAUGCAGAUGUACCCCCCAGUUCACAGGACCUACAUGUCAAACACCAAGACCAGGUGUACCACCACGAUCAACUUCAGCCCCAACUGGACAAACGUGUACCAGCCUAAACUGUAACGAGUCAGGGACAGCCAGGAGAGAUAUCAGAAAUUGUAGAUGUAUCUGUAGACGUGGAUUUUCUGGGGACUCGUGUCAGAGGGGACCAGGUGUACCACCACGAUCAACUUCAGCCCCAACUGGACAAACAUGUACCAGCCUGAACUGUAACGAGUCAGGGACAGCCAGGAGAGAUAUCAGAAAUUGUAGAUGUAUCUGUAGACGUGGAUUUUCUGGGGACUCGUGUCAGAGGGGACCAGGUGUACCACCACGAUCAACUUCAGCCCCAACUGGACAAACGUGUACCAGCCUUAACUGUAACGAGUCAGGGACAGCCAGGAGAGAUAUCAGAAAUUGUCGAUGUAUCUGUAGACGUGGAUUUUCUGGGGACUCGUGUGAGAGGGGACCAGGUGUACCACCACGAUCAACUUCAGCCCCAAAUGGACAAACGUGUACCAGCCUAAACUGUAACGAGUCAGGGACAGCCAGGAGAGCUAUCAGAAAUUGUCGAUGUAUUUGUAGACGUGGAUUUUCUGGGGACUCGUGUCAGAGGGGACCAGGUGUACCACCACGAUCAACUUCAGCCCCAACUGGACAAACGUGUACCAACCUGAACUGUAACGAGUCAGGGACAGCCAGGAGAGAUAUCAGAAAUUGUCGAUGUAUCUGUAAACGUGGAUUUUCUGGGGACUCGUGUGAGAGGGGACCAGGUGUACCACCACGAUCAACUUCAGCCCCAACUGGACAAACGUGUACCAGCCUUAACUGUAACGAGUCGGGGACAGCCAGGAGAGAUAUCAGAAAUUGUCGAUGUAUUUGUAGACGUGGAUUUUCUGGGGACUCGUGUCAGAGGGGACCAGGUGUACCACCACGAUCAACUUCAGCCCCAACUGGACAAACGUGUACCAGCCUUAACUGUAACGAGUCGGGGACAGCCAGGAGAGAUAUCAGAAAUUGUCGAUGUAUUUGUAGACGUGGAUUUUCUGGGGACUCGUGUCAGAGGGGACCAGGUGUACCACCACGAUCAACUUCAGCCCCAACUGGACAAACGUGUACCAGCCUUAACUGUAACGAGUCAGGGACAGCCAGGAGAGAUAUCAGAAAUUGUCGAUGUAUCUGUAGACGUGGGUUUUCUGGGGACUCGUGUCAGAGGGGACCAGGUGUACCACCACGAUCAACUUCAGCCCCAACUGGACAAACGUGUACCAGCCUAAACUGUAACGAGUCAGGGACGGCCAGGAGAGAUAUCAGAAAUUGUAGAUGUAUCUGUAGACGUGGAUUUUCUGGGGACUCGUGUCAGAGGGGACCAGGUGUACCACCACGAUCAACUUCAGCCCCAACUGGACAAACGUGUACCAGCCUAAACUGUAACGAGUCGGGGACAGCCAGGAGAGAUAUCAGAAAUUGUAGAUGUAUCUGUAGACGUGGAUUUUCUGGGGACUCGUGUGAGAGGGGACCAGGUGUACCACCACGAUCAACUUCAGCCCCAACUGGACAAACGUGUACCAGCCUUAACUGUAACGAGUCGGGGACAGCCAGGAGAGAUAUCAGAAAUUGUAGAUGUAUCUGUAGACGUGGAUUUUCUGGGGACUCGUGUCAGAGGGGACCAGGUGUACCACCACGAUCAACUUCAGCCCCAACUGGACAAACGUGUACCAGCCUUAACUGUAACGAGUCGGGGACAGCCAGGAGAGAUAUCAGAAAUUGUCGAUGUAUUUGUAGACGUGGAUUUUCUGGGGACUCGUGUCAGAGGGGACCAGGUGUACCACCACGAUCAACUUCAGCCCCAACUGGACAAACGUGUACCAGCCUUAACUGUAACGAGUCAGGGACAGCCAGAAGAGAUAUCAGAAAUUGUCGAUGUAUCUGUAGACGUGGAUUUUCUGGGGACUCGUGUCAGAGGGGACCAGGUGUACCACCACGAUCAACUUCAGCCCCAACUGGACAAACGUGUACCAGCCUAAACUGUAACGAGUCAGGGACGGCCAGGAGAGAUAUCAGAAAUUGUAGAUGUAUCUGUAGACGUGGAUUUUCUGGGGACUCGUGUCAGAGGGGACCAGGUGUACCACCACGAUCAACUUCAGCCCCAACUGGACAAACGUGUACCAGCCUAAACUGUAACGAGUCAGGGACGGCCAGGAGAGAUAUCAGAAAUUGUAGAUGUAUCUGUAGACGUGGAUUUUCUGGGGACUCGUGUCAGAGGGGACCAGGUGUACCACCACGAUCAACUUCAGCCCCAACUGGACAAACGUGUACCAGCCUAAACUGUAACGAGUCGGGGACAGCCAGGAGAGAUAUCAGAAAUUGUCGAUGUAUCUGUAGACGUGGAUUUUCUGGGGACUCGUGUGAGAGGGGACCAGGUGUACCACCACGAUCAACUUCAGCCCCAACUGGACAAACGUGUACCAGCCUAAACUGUAACGAGUCAGGGACGGCCAGGAGAGAUAUCAGAAAUUGUAGAUGUAUCUGUAGACGUGGAUUUUCUGGGGACUCGUGUCAGAGGGGACCAGGUGUACCACCACGAUCAACUUCAGCCCCAACUGGACAAACGUGUACCAGCCUAAACUGUAACGAGUCAGGGACGGCCAGGAGAGAUAUCAGAAAUUGUAGAUGUAUCUGUAGACGUGGAUUUUCUGGGGACUCGUGUCAGAGGGGACCAGGUGUACCACCACGAUCAACUUCAGCCCCAACUGGACAAACGUGUACCAGCCUAAACUGUAACGAGUCGGGGACAGCCAGGAGAGAUAUCAGAAAUUGUCGAUGUAUCUGUAGACGUGGAUUUUCUGGGGACUCGUGUGAGAGGGGACCAGGUGUACCACCACGAUCAACUUCAGCCCCAACUGGACAAACGUGUACCAGCCUUAACUGUAACGAGUCGGGGACAGCCAGGAGAGAUAUCAGAAAUUGUCGAUGUAUUUGUAGACGUGGAUUUUCUGGGGACUCGUGUGAGAGGGGACCAGGUGUACCACCACGAUCAACUUCAGCCCCAACUGGACAAACGUGUACCAGCCUUAACUGUAACGAGUCGGGGACAGCCAGGAGAGAUAUCAGAAAUUGUCGAUGUAUCUGUAGACGUGGGUUUUCUGGGGACUCGUGUCAGAGGGGACCAGGUGUACCACCACGAUCAACUUCAGCCCCAACUGGACAAACGUGUACCAGCCUAAACUGUAACGAGUCAGGGACGGCCAGGAGAGAUAUCAGAAAUUGUAAAUGUAUCUGUAGACGUGGAUUUUCUGGGGACUCGUGUCAGAGGGGACCAGGUGUACCACCACGAUCAACUUCAGCCCCAACUGGACAAACGUGUACCAGCCUUAACUGUAACGAGUCGGGGACAGCCAGGAGAGAUAUCAGAAAUUGUCGAUGUAUUUGUAGACGUGGAUUUUCUGGGGACUCGUGUCAGAGGGGACCAGGUGUACCACCACGAUCAACUUCAGCCCCAACUGGACAAACGUGUACCAGCCUUAACUGUAACGAGUCAGGGACAGCCAGAAGAGAUAUCAGAAAUUGUCGAUGUAUCUGUAGACGUGGGUUUUCUGGGGACUCGUGUCAGAGGGGACCAGGUGUACCACCACGAUCAACUUCAGCCCCAACUGGACAAACGUGUACCAGCCUUAACUGUAACGAGUCGGGGACAGCCAGGAGAGAUAUCAGAAAUUGUCGAUGUAUCUGUAGACGUGGAUUUUCUGGGGACUCGUGUCAGAGGGGACCAGGUGUACCACCACGAUCAACUUCAGCCCCAACUGGACAAACGUGUACCAGCCUUAACUGUAACGAGUCAGGGACAGCCAGGAGAGAUAUCAGAAAUUGUAGAUGUAUCUGUAGACGUGGAUUUUCUGGGGACUCGUGUCAGAGGGGACCAGGUGUACCACCACGAUCAACUUCAGCCCCAACUGGACAAACGUGUACCAGCCUAAACUGUAACGAGUCGGGGACAGCCAGGAGAGAUAUCAGAAAUUGUCGAUGUAUCUGUAGACGUGGAUUUUCUGGGGACUCGUGUCAGAGGGGACCAGGUGUACCACCACGAUCAACUUCAGCCCCAACUGGACAAACGUGUACCAGCCUUAACUGUAACGAGUCGGGGACAGCCAGGAGAGAUAUCAGAAAUUGUAGAUGUAUUUGUAGACGUGGAUUUUCUGGGGACUCGUGUCAGAGGGGACCAGGUGUACCACCACGAUCAACUUCAGCCCCAACUGGACAAACGUGUACCAGCCUUAACUGUAACGAGUCAGGGACAGCCAGGAGAGAUAUCAGAAAUUGUCGAUGUAUCUGUAGACGUGGGUUUUCUGGGGACUCGUGUCAGAGGGGACCAGGUGUACCACCACGAUCAACUUCAGCCCCAACUGGACAAACGUGUACCAGCCUAAACUGUAACGAGUCAGGGACGGCCAGGAGAGAUAUCAGAAAUUGUAAAUGUAUCUGUAGACGUGGAUUUUCUGGGGACUCGUGUCAGAGGGGACCAGGUGUACCACCACGAUCAACUUCAGCCCCAACUGGACAAACGUGUACCAGCCUUAACUGUAACGAGUCGGGGACAGCCAGGAGAGAUAUCAGAAAUUGUCGAUGUAUUUGUAGACGUGGAUUUUCUGGGGACUCGUGUCAGAGGGGACCAGGUGUACCACCACGAUCAACUUCAGCCCCAACUGGACAAACGUGUACCAGCCUUAACUGUAACGAGUCAGGGACAGCCAGAAGAGAUAUCAGAAAUUGUCGAUGUAUCUGUAGACGUGGGUUUUCUGGGGACUCGUGUCAGAGGGGACCAGGUGUACCACCACGAUCAACUUCAGCCCCAACUGGACAAACAUGUACCAACCUGAACUGUAACGAGUCAGGGACAGCCAGGAGAGAUAUCAGAAAUUGUAGAUGUAUCUGUAGACGUGGAUUUUCUGGGGACUCGUGUCAGAGGGGGUCAAGCAUUCCCAACCUAACAACCCAGGCACCAAUCAGGCCACCAGGUCAGACCUGUACCAGUUUAAUCUGUAACGAUAGUGGGACAGACUUCAGAGAUGUCAACAACUGCAAAUGUGUCUGCAAAGCCGGAUACUCUGGGGAUUCCUGUCAACCGGAUAAUAAUGGGUGUCCAUUUGCUGACUGUGACGAUUCUGGUACAAUGUUAAUUACCAGUACAUGCCAGUGCCAGUGCAGGCCAGGAUAUUCUGGUCCUAGAUGUGAACCCGAUGACCGGUCUGCGGUUUGUCCUGGUCUAAACUGUGACCCAGCUGGAACUGCUGAGACUGACACUGACACCUGCACAUGUCUCUGCAAAGUUGGUUUCACUGGAGACACCUGCCAAGGCCAGAGUCCACAGUGCACGGCUGCUGAACUCGGCUGUUCCCAGGAGGGCACAUGGGAUAUCGAUCUUGAUAGAUGCCAAUGUGUAUGCAUGGACGGAUACUUUGGACUGCAGUGCGAGAAUACUGGAAUCGAUCCAUGUGCUACCUUCACGUGUCUGAAUAACGGGCGUGUCAGCCAGCAGAAUGGACAGUGUGUCUGCGUCUGUCCCUCUGAUUACGCGGGAUCUCGCUGUGAAACACGAUUUUGCGAUGGUCGCCAGUUCUGUAUGAACGGAGGAACCCCCCAGCGUGUCCCCCAACCCUCGAAUGGCGUCUGUCCAUGCACCUGCCUUCCUGGCUUCUCUGGUAACCAGUGUGAAACAGGUCCUCCGUGCUCGCUCAACUGCCGGUUCGGUACUCUGGUCGAAGCAACGGCAACCAGUCCGUGCUCCUGCCAGUGCGACACGGGAUAUACCGGACAACUGUGCGACACCUGCGCAUCAAACCCGUGCCGUAACGGCGGUUUCCCAUCACCGAACGCACAGUGCAACUGCGCCUGCCCAGUAGCAUUCAAUGGACGAUUUUGCGAAACACCCGUCUGUGACGCCAACUCCCAACUCUGUCAGAAUGGCGGUACACAGGUGCUGAGUGGCGGACGCUGUGUGUGCCAGUGCGCCAAUGGAUUUACUGGUGAAUUUUGUGGAGCUCGAAUUAUUAUCCCAUGCGACCAGACAGCGUGCCAGAACGGCGGAACGAACGUGCGAUUUGGAAGCACGUGCAGAUGCCAGUGCCCUGUCGGGACUUCCGGUAUCAGCUGUGAGAUUACGCGACCAGUGUGUAACCCGAAUGCUUGUAGGAAUGGUGGAACUAACUUGAGAUUUGGAAAUAGAUGUAUAUGUCAGUGCCCUGUCGGUUCUUCCGGUCUCAACUGUGAAAUCAUCACUCCAGAUUGCAGUCGGACUUAUUGCGAGAACGGCAGGGCUGUGUCCUCCAAUGGCAACUGCGUCUGUGUCUGCGACACCGGCUACACAGGUCUCACCUGCAGUGACCAGAUCGGCACUCCAUGCAACCUCAACUGUUUCAAUGGCGGGACUGUGCGCACGGCAAGCUGCACAUGUCAGUGUGUCUUCGGCUUCACUGGGGCACAGUGCGAGGACAACACGGUCCGGACGACUCCUACCUGCGACAACUCCGAGCAACUGUGCGGCCCUGGAGGCGAGGCCACCCGGGACUGUAAUGACCGCUGUGUCUGCACCAGGUGCCCACGCUUUAUGGGUGGACCGCGAUGUGACAUUGAACUGAGAGCCAACCUGUGUGACGAUUGCAAGUACCAGAACGGCGUGGGCUACACUGGUGUCCAGCAGCGCUGUGAUCUGUUUGUGCGCUGUCAGGAGUCGGUCAGCGGGCCACCAGUGCCAGAGAUUUUUGAAUGUGCUCCUGGAACUCUUUUCGAUCAGAGUACGCUCACCUGCAACCACCCCGACCAGGUCUUCUGUAAAGACGAUUUCUGUCUUGGUAAAGCAAGCAACAGCACCUACUCCCAUAUUCGGGAAUGCCAACCCUACUGGCGUUGUUCCAACGGGAAGACGGUCCAGAGCAUGUGUUGUCCCCCUGGACAAGGCUACGACCGCGGACAGAGGCGCUGUCUCCCCGACCCCAACUGCCCCGAGACUUGUCGGCGUGACGCGACCAGCAGGCCUCCAUGUCCCGGAGAAAAGAGAUGUCACCUGAUACACGACCCAACGAACCCAAAAGUCUUCUCGCAGAUGGUUGGGGAUGUGAAAAAGACAUUCAGCUGUGGCCCUGGCACCGUGUUCGAUCUGGACAACUGCGUGUGUGUACAUGACACACGACCCACAACCAGAGUCGGCGCCUGUGACAGUGCUGACUGGCCCAUUGAGUUCAACGAUAAAAUCAACUCCUCUUUCGUCUUCGAGAACGUCGAUCUGGUUACAAGAAGCGGUGCCGACGGAAAGGCUGGCAAUUUCACCGGUAGAAGCCGUGUCUUCAUCAAUCCCUUCGCCAAGUCCGGCUUCCAUAACCCCGUGUUCGUGUCCCGUGUGCGCAUCCAAACAUCUCUCCUGCAACCUGGUCAAGAAUACGCCGUUGUCAGCAACGGUGACUGCAACGUCACCGCCAGCAUGGCAAUCACUGUACGCCCGUCGUCUUCCACAAGAGGACAAGCAUUUUUCAAGGUUGUUGCUGAGGGUAACGACCAAGAAUCAGCAGUCGAUCUCCAAUAUACAACUGACUCUAACGGCUGGGUUACUCUCGAGCUGAGGUAUGUUCUCAGUGGGGAAGGAUCUUACGACCUGACAGGAAGUUCAAAGGGCGCAGGCGCGGUUACACGUACUUCAACAGUGACACUUGGAGGUAAAAUCGCCACCCGUGAGUGUCCGGUGCAAGUAGGCCAGGGCUACCUGUACCAGUCGUUUGUAGGCUUCGUCGACUGGGCUCGAUUCUGGAUCCUCUGCGACCCCGGCGAGAUGUUCUAGUUUCUACAAAUGAACAACUGUUAAUACUGUUGAACUUGUUACUACUGAGUUCACACUAAACCUCUCACGUAAACCCAUACUCAUUCCGCGUCAUUCUGUCCCCGUCGCUUUGUACAACGACAACUGCUAUCAUCUGUCCUAUGUCCUGUGUGUCCUCGGCUGUGCCGGAUCUACUUACUGUUGGCUAGCUCACCUGCUUCGUAUGUGUUCCUUGUAAGUUAUCUCUGUUCAGUUAAGCAAUUUGUCCUUUUCAUAGAGAUGUUAGCAGGUUUGUUAACUUGAUAUUGGGCACAAUUAUGUGCCAUAUUAUACAUGUUUUAUCUGAAUGAAGUGUUGCAAAUAAAAUUCUGCAAACGGA